AUGCAGAUAAUCGCCAAAUACGGGCCGCGCAAUUGGUCACUCAUCGCUCAGGGGCUCAAAGGGCGCUCGGGAAAGAGUUGUCGGCUGCGGUGGUGCAAUCAACUGAAUCCCGAAGUCAAUAAAAACCCGUUCACGGACGAAGAAGACCGAAUAAUUGCAUUGGGACACGCGGAGCACGGCAACAAAUGGUCCGUCAUCGCGAAGAGCCUACCCGGUCGCACGGACAACGCGAUUAAGAACCACUGGAACUCCACGCUGAAGCGGAAAUACCCCGCCAUUCUCGCGGAAAUAAUCAAAAAUAGGACCGCGCGCGUGAUCGAUUCUCCGCGCGACGCCCCAAUCAGCUCACCCGGGAGCGACGGCCGAGUUUCCCCUUCUCCCUACUACGCCGGCGUCCCGCUCUACGCUCCAAUGUACGCUCCCGGCGGCGGCGGCGGCGCGAACUUUAUGUCGCACCGUGAGAGUCCGUCUCCGCUUUCGUCGGGGAGCGCAGGCUGCGGAAGCGCGGCGCACUCGCGGCGGAGCAGCUUGGACGGCAACUCCGCAAGCUCCGCCAAGGCGGAAAACGUGCGCAUGCUUGCGGACGUGCUCCGCCGCCUCGCGACCGCAUCCAGCGGCGGCGCCGCCGGCUCCGCGUGCCCAUCUCCUCCGCCAGGCGCCGCGGGGGGCAUCGCUCCUCCUUCCGCCUCCGCCGUUUCAGCUGCGCGCCUAGCGUUUCCGCGAAGCGGGAGCCUCGAUUCCCCCGUUCUCCGCCCAUCGCCGCGCGACCAACCCACUCCACUCGUUCCUUCCGCCAUGGGGGCAUGCGGGGGAUCGUUCGGCAGCGGAUGGGGCGGCGGAGCGCCGGCGACGGGGGAAUACGACCUGGAGUAUUUUCAGGCCGCGAAACGGCUGCGCUUUGGCGGGGGGAACAUAGCAUGCGCGGAGCUUGGCGGAGCGCCUGGCGGAACCGGCGGGUUGAGGGGAAGCGCAUUGUUGGGCGGAAGCGGAUACAGCAGCGCCGCCAACCUGGGGAACUUUGGGGGUGUGCGGAGCUCCAUGGGCGGAGGCGAUUCCCCCUCCUCUGUCGCUGCUGCCAUGGCUGCCGCGGCUGCUGCGGGAUUCGCGCCACCCUUUGGUGGGGGGAGUUUUGCUGGGGGAAGUGCGAAUCCGAAUCCGCCCUUUUCCCCUGCGGGGAACGCUCAGCCUUUCCCCUCACCACACUCCGCUUCCCCCCUCAUGCCGCGUUUCCUGUCAGGCGACUCGGCUGCCCUGGCAGGCGCUCCCGCCUCUGCCCCCGCCUCCGCCUCUGCUGCUACUGGCGCUGCUGCUGCUGCAGCUGCGAGGAACUUUCCGUCUUUUGCUGGUCUGAACAGCACGGGGCUCGGCACGGGCAGCACUGCGCUCGGCACGGGCAGCACUGCGCUCGGUGUGUUUCCGACGAAUCUCCAAUCACCUUCUGGGUCCUCCUCCUCGCCACUCCUCCGGGAAACCCUAAAGGAGAGCAUACGGGAAAGUCUGCUUUCUAAUCCUCCCCAGCAGCACAAGCCGUUAAGUAGGGCAGGGACAGGAACAGCAGGGACAGCAGGAGCAGCAGCAGCAGCAGCAGCAGCAGCUGAGGCUGCACCCCUCCGUCGUUCCUCUACCUCGCCUCGCAAACGCUUUCUCUCCAGCGAUCCGACGCUCCCCAACAGCGCACCUGCAUUGCCCGUCGAUCCAACGAUUGGCGUCGAUGGGAUGGCGGCGCGAGCCAAUUGGACGGCUCAGGGCAUGUCCCUUCUGGGGCAGCGAAAUCUGACCAUUGAUCUCUCAGUGCUGGACAAUCUUGCGGCUCACAUGCCCAUGCACCCCUUUCAACCACUGGAACCUGUACCCAAUUCCGCUGCUACAGCUGCUACAGCCGCAGUGGCUGAUUCUGCUGUUGGCGUUACUGCAGCAGGGAUGCUAGGGGAUCUCGGAGGGGAGCUGGGAGGGGAGAUUGAUCAGGAAAUGCUUGAUCCAGCUGUACGCCAUGCUUCAGUUGAAGCCCUAGCUCAGAUUCUCGCAGGGGAUAUUCAGUCAGGUUCCAAUGCAGGUUUCACUUCAGAUUACAGCGGGAAUCUGAAUGCGGGUUUCGGUGCAGCGGAUGCAUUGCUGCCGGCGACUGCUGGUGCCGAGGAAGCUGCUAAGGGUUCUGAUCUGGAUUGCUUGCUGAACGGUCAGUUUCAGCAGCAACUGCAGCAGCUACAGCAGUUGCGGCAGCUGCAGUUGUUGCAGCAGCAGCAGCAGCAGCAGCAGGAAGAGCAGAUGCAGCAGGAGGGUUUGGGUGUGGAGGAAGGUUCUGGGUCGCUUUUGAGCUUCCUUGCUGCUGAUUGGCCGCAGCUGAAGGAAGCAGUGGCAGCAGGAGCUCGAGCCCUCAAUGCUGCAGAUUUGCCCACCUCCAGCAAAUAA